CCGCACCCGAGUGUCUGGAACUUCGCAAACGGGAACUUCGCAACAUCGAUCCGCUAGGGGGUAGUGUGUUUGAAAAAAGGUGUUAUGCAUUCUACGGCCUGCCGCUGCUGGUCAUAGGAGCGCGAGUGCUGUUCUUGAGUUUUUACUCCUGUUUUCGGUUCGGUGGGACCCUCCGUCAAACCAGGAAAGGUGGGCCCUGUGUGAAUGUGUGUGACUGCUGGCCACGCUAAAGCAAACAGCAGCACCACGGAAGAACGGAGGAACGUAUUUGCAAAACUGCACCGAUCGCGGCAUAUCCUUUGCCCUCGCCAAACCAUACGACCUGCGUGAGUGCCAGCGAUUCGCAAACGCGCAAAACAAUCGCGCCCAACGCGGGGGAAGAAAAUCGAUUACGAGCAGCAGCAGCAGCAGCAGCAGUGUGUGUGUUCAGUGAAGAAGGAAAACAGCAGCACGAAAAGCACAAACAUACACAUGGCUGCAAAGUGUGAAUUGUGAAUGGUGCAAGUUUAAUCAAAAACGUAGAGCUGCACACUAGCAAACAACACCAAUUAAUGCAACUAAGCGCUCCCUCCCUCCAGCUUCCCUGUUAGUGUUAGAGCUGCCGCUUUCUUGCCUACAAACCCCCUAACGCCUAGCAAACGCUCCCAACGCUCAGCGCGGGAUAGUGUGUUCUAAUCGGCAGACGCAAACGCAACAGUAACGGUGUAAUAAGCAUAAAAUAGCAACAGCAACAACAACAAAAGCGCCCCCAACAUCAUUGUGAUAGAGAAAUGCCUCCCACAGGAGAGUGAUUGCCGAUUUGUGUCGCUCGAGCUGCUUGCGUUUCCCCCCCCUGUGUUGUUCACGUGUAUGUGUGUGUGUGUGUGUGUAUCUGUGCGUGUUCUUACUUUCCUAUAGUCGCCUUCUAACGUUCGUGCGUGUGUGUGUGCUGCCUUUUCUGCGUCCGCGAUUGUGUGGUGAUCGCGAACAGCAAACCAACAACAGCAAAAAACCGCCCUCCGUGUGAAAGCAAUCCAACAAGACCAAAAGCAGCUCUAGUUCGGUCUAGCCAAAAAACGAAACAAAAGUAAACAUACGAAUAAGAAAACAAAAAAAAAAAGGAUUAAAAAUACGUAUUUGUUUGGAUUUGUGCAGUAUUAGUACUAGUAUUUCACCCACCGCGAUACAGGUCCGCCUGUGGGUCCCAGCUGUGGUUAUCUAACAACCGUUUAACCAUAAACACGGACAAAAAAGCUCCCCCUCCAGCUUCCCUUGUGCUCGACACCUCCACCUCCCAUCCACCAACGCCCACCAACGAAAUCGAUCGAACUCGAGAUAUCUACAGUGUUUGUGUGUGUUCUAGAGCGCGCGCGUGUCUCCGUCUGUGUGUCAGUGUGUGCUCUAUUGUUUCUUCUUCGUCUUCUUCUCCUUCCGUGCCGUGUUCUUUUGAACCACCCCAACAAGCCCUCCAAAUUCGCCGUUUUUUUUUCUUCUGUUGUUGUAUACGUGUCAAACCUGCGCGUCAAAUCGCGUGGUCCAUCGCCGCCGACUAUCGAACGACGAACGCCCGCCCACCCACCCAUCCACUUGUCCACACACGCGAACGUACGCGCCCGGAUAAACGAUCACCCGGAGCGAAAGCAAACAAAAAACAAAAACAAAACAACAACAAAAAGUGCGCGAAACAAUCGAUAUCGAGCGCGGGGCCGAGCGUGAGAUGAGUGCUCAAGGAGCGGGCCCGUUCUUAGCAGUGCCCAUCUUAACCGCCCACCAUCGUCCGCAGUUAAAAAGUGUGCACUAAAGCAAUACUGUCCCCUCCCCCCCAAUAUUGGUCACAACAAUAGGCCGAGUGGUAGAGGCGGAGCCCCCACCCCUUCCCGCCAGCGAGCCGCUAGUGAUUGAUCAUGAUCUUGACGGUGAUGAGACCGCAUUUGUCGAUGCAGUGUAGAACGGGGUAAAAAGCGGACUCCCCUCCUCCCCCCAAAACAGACCAGUGCUCUAUUGUGCCUCGAAACCUAUCUUCAACCUGGUGUGUGUGUGUGUGUGUGUGUGUGCGUUUUUUUGCUGCCAUCAGGACAUCGGGAAAACCCCGGUCGUAAUCGAGGGACUGAGGCGCACGUCGAACACACGUUAAGGCAACGGAAUCGACCGUGACACCGAAAAGGAGGCACACUAUUACGAGAAAGCAAUAAGAAAAGAGAGAGAGAGAGAGAGAGUGAGGAGAGAGGAGAGAGGAGAAAGGAACACACGCGAGGACAAGAAAUCAGAUCAAAAGCUCAUCGAGAUGGAAGGAUGUACUUGUGAGGAUACGGCACGAGUACGGAUUUAUUAAGGAGCCACCGAGUUGCAGAGCCCAAACACAACGGAUUCGGACGUGCUGGAUGUGUUGAAAGAUGCCUUUAGAAAAUUGUAAGCGUAGGGUACACAGUACUGGCGAUUACUGCAGCAAUCACAUUUUAAGCAGGAUUACACGCAUUCUAUCCCCGUCGGCCGUUCAUCUAGUGUAGAUGUGUGAAGAUGC